AUGGAUUCAGCAGGGCAGGUCAAUCACAGGAAGCAGUGUGAUGGGAAGGUCUCAAUUAGCGAUGGAGCCAUGAGCAGUGGAGCUGACAUAUGGAAAGAGCGCGAGAGAAGUCGUAGCCCUUCACAAAUUUUAAGAAAUGAACUGGACUCGCUUCGUUUCUACGGUAAGGGCAAUGAGAAGGGCAUGCCUCUAGGUGAUUUGCUAGAUGAACCGGAUUUGUUGCACAAACCGAAGGUUAAUUUUUGCUCGCCGAAAACUCCUUGGAAGAGGAGAUUGCAAACACUGGCCGUAGCGUGGCAUGUGGGAUCGUUUAUAUACAUGGCGGCGUUCACACUGCUGGCGAUGGCUAACCCAUUGAUGUGGGUCGUGAUGAUUCCCUAUCUCUUGUACUAUAUGGUCGACCGAACGCCGGCCAACGGCCGCGUAACCAGGCGUUACUCCAACUGGUUUCGGAGCCUAGCACUGUGGCAAUACUAUUGUAAUUACUACCCCAUCCGCCUCCACAAGGUUGCAGAUAUCCCGCCAACUUUUACCGAGAGCAAAGCCAACGAUUUAGGGGCAAAGAAGUACAAAAUGAGCCUUAAGAUCCGGUUGUGGCCACUCAAGCAUUCGCUAACACUCAACAUCCUUAAGAAGUCCGAUGCAGUGGAGAAAGAAGCCACUGGUCCUCGUUAUAUUUUUGGGUAUCACCCACACGGCGUGGCAGCGCUAGGAGCAUUUGGAGCGUUUGCGACUGAAGGCUGUAACUGGUCUGAGUUAUUUCCAGGCAUUCCCGUUUGCUUGAUGACCUUGAUCAAUCAAUUUCAAAUUCCGUUUUACAGGGAUUACUUACUCUCUUUGGGCAUCACAUCGGUCUCAAGGAAAAACGCAUUGAAGGUGUUGGACCAAAAUUUCUCAAUUUGCAUUGUGGUUGGAGGUGCUCAGGAGGCCCUGACAAGCAAAGUCGGUUCUGCUGACCUUGUUUUGAAGAGAAGAAAGGGAUUUGUAAAAUUAGCUCUCGAAACCGGAAAAGUUGGUAUUGUUCCAUGUUUUGCAUUCGGUGAAACUGACUGUUACAAUAUUUUGCAAACCGAUGAAAAAUCAUACUUACGCCGCAUGCAGCUUUGGUUUAAGCGGACGUACGGUUUUACUAUACCAUUUUUCUUUGCAAGGGGCGUUUUCAACUACGAUUUUGGUUUGAUCCCUUUCCGGAGGCCCAUAAACAUAGUAGUUGGAAGGCCCAUCUACGUGGACAAGAAGUACGAAAAUCCCAGCAUUGAAGACAUUGACUACUAUCAAAAGUUAUACAUCGAGGAGCUUGAGAGGAUAUUCCACAAAUACAAGGAACAAUUUGGAUAUAAGGGAAUGGAAUUGAAUUAUGUAGAAUAA